AUGCCUUCGUCGACAUUCCUUCCACACUCCGAUCCAACAACAGCUACGAAGCUACAGUUCCUCUCUCCACGCACCAUCGAAACCAUCCCGCGCACCCUCGUCUACUCUUUCUCGUUUCUAUCCUCUGUUCGCACGACGGCGUUCGGGAUCUGUUUGGGCUGGUGGAAAUAUACUGGAUUACAUCAAAGGCGGGUUUGGGAUGAAGACCACUACUGCUAUCAUUAUGAAGCUGCAGCUACGGCUGCGGCUAGCGGGUUUAGGAUAAAGACUACUACUAUUGUUAUUAUAAAGCUACAGCUACGGCUAUAG